CUUCAAUUGAUCUUCUCCAAGUGUUUUAGGAUCCUUCGACAGCAGUGAUGUGAUUCUUUUUCUAUUCUACUCACUUUCUUUCUGUAGGCGAGUGCAAUUCCUCACUGGGCUGGAUCAGAUCAUCAGACUGCCUACGCGAGGGGCAAGAGUGGUAAACAAAAAAAAUACUAUAUAUACCAGCUGCACUCGUUUGGAAUUUUCAUUCUUCACACAGAACACACAGCCAUAUAUAAAUUCAAGAUGGUAAAGAUCGGAAUCAACGGAUUCGGCCGUAUUGGUCGCCUUGUGCUUCGCGCUGCGCUUAAGCACAGUGAAGUUGAGGUUGUUGGUGUAAACGAUCCCUUCAUCCCUCUGGACUACAUGCGCUAUAUGUUUAUGUACGAUUCCACUCACGGAGUCUUCCCUGGCACCGUUGAGAUCAAGGACGGUAAGCUUGUUGUUGACGGCAGUGCCAUCACCGUGUUCGACAAGCGUGACCCCGCCGACAUCGACUGGGCCUCGUGUGGCGCUGAGUACGUUGUUGAGUCUACUGGUGUGUUUACCUCACUUGAGGGUGCCGGUAAGCACAUGAAGGGAGGUGCCAAGAAGGUUAUCAUCUCCGCUCCCUCUGGUGACGCCCCCAUGUUCGUAAUGGGAGUGAACCACAAGGAGUACAAGAGCAGCAUGGACAUUGUAUCCAACGCCUCAUGCACAACCAACUGCUUGGCACCCCUAGCCAAGGUCAUCCACGACAACUACGGAAUUGUCGAUGGUCUUAUGACUACCGUACACUCAUACACCGCCACCCAGAAGACCGUUGACGGUCCAUCCAUGAAGGACUGGCGUGGUGGUCGUGGUGCCGCCCAGAAUAUUAUCCCCUCAUCCACUGGGGCUGCUAAGGCUGUUGGUAAGGUCAUCCCCGACUUGAACGGAAAGCUUACAGGUAUGUCCAUGCGUGUACCAACCGCUGAUGUGUCUGUGGUCGAUCUUACUGUCAACCUGAAGAAGGGAGCUUCCCUUGCGGACAUCAAGAAGACCGUCAAGGCUGCCGCUGAGGGCGAGCUCAAGGGUGUGCUUGGAUAUACCGAGGAUGCUGUUGUCUCAAUGGACUUCCGUGGUGAUGAGAGAUCGUCUAUCUUUGAUGCCGAUGCCUGCAUUGCGCUUACAGAUACAUUCGUGAAGCUCAUCUCAUGGUACGAUAACGAGUGGGGGUACUCUCAUCGUGUCGUCGACCUACUUGUCCACAUGACUAAGCAGUAAAUGUGCAUUCAGAGGCAGUGAUUUGCGAAUAGCAAGCUGUCAGUAUAUAUAGCCAGCAUUCGAAAGAUGGCACGCACCAAAUAAAAAAACUUAAGUAUG